CAUGAGUCAAUACAAAUCAGUUCGAGUCUCUUGUUCGUGCCGUUCAUUUGUGUUUCGAAGAUUCUUAUCCGAAUUGAAAAAAAAACACAACCGAUUUUGUUAGUGAAUACAACGUGCCGGAGGAAGUAGAAAAAAAAGCAAAGUAAGUGCGCGUUGCUAGCGUUUAAGGAACACAGAUUUAACUAAAUUUUUGCAUGCAAAAAAAUUAGAACAAAAUUUGUUGUGAGAAAUCAAUAUACAUAUGUAUGAAUAUAUACAUAUUUCAAUUUUAAAUCGAAUUAAUUUUAUUCAAACGUGUUGCCAAUUUAGUCGCCCGAAAGCGGGCACCGAAAAUUAAUAUAUUUCAACGAAUCGAAAAAAAAAGUAAGCGUCCAAAUAAAAUCUAUUGUAUUAUUGCAUACUUUCAUUGCAACGAGCAACAGUAUACGACGACGACUGGUAUAAAGAAAAUACGAAUAAGAGACAGCGCUAACUCUUUAUCCUGCUACCCCAAAGAUAAUUUGAAUCAAAUUCCGCUUUGUUAUUAUUGUCGAAGAGUGUGUGCGUUAGUGUUGGUUUACUACGCCGAAAGGACAAGCAACAGAAAAAUAGUUGACACGUUCUCGGACUUCGUCUACAACAAAAAGUACUUUAUUUUAACGAAUCCGUUCAACAUACCAACAAAAUAGUUGAAACACAUUAAAACGGAAUAUAGUAAACAUGCCAGCGGAAACGAAAACUGCCACCGCUGGAACCGAGGCUGACACGCCUACCAAAAGCAAAAAAGCGAAUAUCACCGGCAAGGCUGGACUGGCGCGUGUCACGCUACUCGACGGCUCUCUGCUUGAUGUCACGAUCGAUCGCAAAGCGAAAGGUCGCGACCUAAUAAAUACAAUUUGUGCGGGUCUCAAUAUUGUGGAGAAGGACUAUUUCGGUCUUACUUACGAGACACCAUCAGAUCCACGCGCUUGGUUAGAUUUGGAUAAGCCCGUAUCAAAGGUUUUCCCUACCGAUCCGUGGGUGCUGCAAUUCGCUGUUAAAUUUUACCCACCGGAACCAUCACAGCUUCAAGAGGAUAUUACACGCUAUCAGCUGUGCCUGCAAGUGCGCAAUGACAUACUCGAAGGUCGCUUGCCGUGUACUUUCGUUACACAUGCGCUGCUCGGCUCGUACCUGGUGCAAUCGGAGAUGGGCGACUAUGAUCCGAAGGAAAUGCCAGAUCGCCGCUAUUUGAAGGACUUUAAAAUAGCACCCAAUCAAACUCCGGAAUUGGAAGAUAAGGUCAUGGAUUUGCACAAGACACAUAAGGGUCAAGCACCGGCUGAGGCAGAAUUACAUUACUUGGAAAACGCCAAGAAGCUAGCCAUGUACGGUGUUGAUUUGCAUCCAGCAAAGGACUCGGAGGGCGUUGACAUUAUGUUGGGUGUCUGUGCAUCUGGAUUGCUAGUUUAUCGCGACAAACUACGCAUCAAUCGCUUCGCUUGGCCGAAGAUUCUAAAGAUUUCGUAUAAACGCCAUCACUUCUACAUCAAAAUACGUCCCGGCGAUUUUGAGCAAUUCGAAUCGACCAUUGGCUUUAAAUUGGCCAGUCAUCAGGCGGCGAAGAAAUUGUGGAAGUCGUGUGUCGAACAUCACACAUUCUUCCGGCUCAUGACACCAGAGCCGCCGACCAAGUCAUCACUGUUCCCACGUUUUGGCUCCAAGUACCGUUAUUCCGGACGUACUUUGUACGAAAGCAAGCGGAAUCCAAUCGAUCGCACAGCACCGAAGUUCGAUCGUAGUUUGUCGGGCCGACGUCUAACCUCGCGCAGCAUGGAUGCGCUCGCUAUGGCCGAAAAGGAGAAGGAUGCUCAGAAACGUCACACCAUGGGACAUCCACCAGAGCAUAUACCCGACUUUGAGUCGCCACGCAGUCGCAGUCCAUUGAAAAAGGAUAAGAAGGAGAAGUUAAAACGUGAAUCGAGUACUGGUACAGCUUCCGCCUCUUCGCAGAGUUCACUCGAAGGUGAUUAUUCGACCCAUACCGGUGCUGAUGUGGCAGCCGGCGAGUCCGCCUCGGCCGUCGCCUAUCUUGGCAAAGAUCAGUCCGACGCCGAAAAGGAGGCCAAAUUGAAGAAGAAACAACAAGAGAAGGAAGAAAAAGAACGCAAGGAACGUGAAAAGAAGGAGAAGGAGGCGCUAGAGAAGGCUGCCAAGGAGAAAGCCGCCAAGGAAAAAGCCGCUAAGGCUGCUGCUGGCGCCGCCGCUGCGGGCAUUAACGGCAAUGAUGAUUUGAAUGAUUCCAACAAGUCAGAGAAAUCAGGCAAAGGACGUGGUGGUGGUCUCUUCUCGUCCGGUCGCAAGAGCAAGAGCAGCUCGCCGACAAAGGAGCCGAAGGAUAAAGAUAAGUCCGGCAAGGCGAAGGAUGGCAAGAGUGGUGAGUUGGUAUACGCUGACUUGGAACUGGCUGCAGCCAAGAAUCAAGCCAAUGAUGAUAACAACCGUGCCUCACGUCAACCCGGCCACACUAGACCCUAUGAGUACUCAGAUGGUACUGGUGAAACUAGCCCUACACGCAAAUCAUACAUUCCCGGUGGUUUCCGUUACGAUCAGGAUCCGCAAAGCGGUAGGCAAGCCGGUCAAGAUGGUGAUGGACAAUUGUCGCCCACGGCUGCACAAAAGAAGACCGCAAUUGCCUUCAAUUAUGCGCCUGGUCAUGAUGAUACGUUGAAGAAGACCGCAGAGAAAUUGAAGAGCGGUCAAUUGUCGCCACGCACACGUGAAAAGAUUAAUAAGGGUCAGUUGUCGCCCACAACGCGCGCAAAACUACUUAAAGAAGGCAAUCUGUCGCCGACCACACGUGCUAAAUUGCAAGGUAGUGCCGUCGAUGCGGCUGCCGCACCGCUAACUGAUGCACAGAAACGUUCUUAUUCACCUUCCAAAGGUCAGUCGGCCGGUUAUACAUCAGGUGCUCCGGGUAGUUAUAAGCCAUUAGUGGAUCCCACAGCGGCAUUCCUUGAAUCGGAACGUUAUAACAGAGAUCCAUCGGCUGGUGCCGGUGCUGCGGCUGGUAAAGCUGCUACUGAUGGUAAGGGUGCUGCAGUUGCCGGCGCAGCUGGCGGCUCACCUACUGGUAAAGGCAGAGGUAGCACACCGGUUACGCCUACAAAAGUAGGCAGUGGUUUGGCUGCCGUCGCUGCGGCUGGUGGUGCUGCAGCAAAACCGAAGAAGAAGCGCGUCAAGAUUAUGGUAAUCACAUCCAAAUUUGAUCCCAACACCAAACGCAUUGAUGCUGAAAAUGGCGUUAUUGAACACUCCACGGGCAUUCUUGAUCCUGAGACUGGCUUGAUUGAUAGUAAAUAUGGUCAGCUUGAUCCGAAAAAUGGCACUUUAUUGGCUUUGAAUACGAAGACGGGCAAAAAUGAAAUUUAUCAGGGUGAUGUUGAUCCCAAAACUGGCAAUGUACACUUGGUGUCCGGUGUUGCUGAUCCUAAUACUGGUCGCUUAGACGAGAGUUUGGGACAAAUCAUUUGCGUAACACCACAAGAUAAUCCGGUUGUGGAACUGAUUGUUAUCACAAGCCGUAUUGAUCCCGUCACGGGUAAGGUUGAUACAGUUAACGGUGAAGUGGAACGUUCGCUGGGCGUACUCAAUGUGGAUUCGGGUCUACUUGAUACUAAAUAUGGCGAAAUAAAUACCAGAACGGGUGAGCUAAAAGCGAUUGAUCCUAAGACCGGCAAAAUUGUUGUAACUAAAAAUGUGAAAGUCGACCCAUCAACUGGGCAGAUAACGUUAUUGGGCGUCACAGAUCCGAAAACAGGUAAACUGGAUAACACACAAGGACGCAUUAUUGAAGUCGGACAGCAAAUUGAUCCAAUUGUGGAAGUUACCUCGCUGGCUGGCAAAUAUGAUUCCAAAAAGAAUAUCAUCGAUCCAAAAACCGCACAAGUUGAAACAUCAGGUGGCCAAUUCGAUCCAAAGGCGGGCAAAAUCGAUACGAAAUAUGGACAAAUUGAUUUGGUGAAGCAUACAAUUACAUUCACUGAUCCCAAAUCGGGCAAAACCGUUACACGUGAUAUCAAAAUUGAUCCAGCAACUGGACAAAUUGUGCUUAAGAACCAAAUCAAUCCGAAGAAUAACAAACCCGAUAAAGAUUAUGCACGCAUUAUAUCGUUGCGUAUUGUACAGCAACGUGUUGAUCCCAAAACGAAAGCGCCCAUUGCGCAAGUCAGCUCGGCGAAGGACAAAGAAAUUAUUGUCGAUCCUAAAUCGAAUCAAAUUUGGAUGCCGACCGGUGCUAGCGAUCCGAACACAAAAGAGUCACAAUACAUUUCCAGCAGCGUGGAUCCGAAGACCGGCUAUGUUAUCACUAUUUACGGUUAUCUCGAUCCGAAAACAAACGAAAUCAAGAAACAAAAUAAACUCGAUCCCAACACCACCAAAAUCGAACCAUCCUCAGGCAAGAUUUAUACAGCCACCGGCGAUGUUGACAAAACUACUGGCGAACCACUCUAUGCCACCACCCAAGUUGAUCCGGAAUCCGGCGAUGUGUAUACCAAAGUCGGACGUGUUGAUCCCAAAACUGGCAAAAUUGUCAUUGUACGCGUACUGCUCAUCUCCAAGACGGAUGAGCGUGGUCGCCCUGAAGAAAUCGAUCCAGCGACAUGUGAAAUCGAUCCGGUCUCUGGUCGAAUUCUCAAGUUCUUCAAUAAAACUGUUUAUGUUUAUACUAUGAUUGAUCCAGUAACAGGUGAAAUUGUACAGGUUGAUCCAAAUGAUCCACGCUUUGCGGGCGCACGCACUACCGUCACACAGACUAUGACAUUAACAGGCGAAAUUGAUCCAGUAACCGGACGUAUAAAGAGCGAAUACGGUGACAUCGAUCCAAAUACAGGCGAUAUCGAUCCAGCCACAGCAAUACGUGAUCCCGUCACAGGCAAACUAAUUCUUAAUUAUGCACAAAUCGAUCCAUCACAUUUCGGCAAGGAAGCCCAGGUCAGCACUACCACCGAGACUGUACCAAUUACGCGUGAGCAGUUCUUUGAGGGCGUCAAACAUAUGGGUAAGAAUGCGCUGCGACGCGACUCCGAAGCCAGUUCGGACGAUGAUAUGACACAGCAGUAUGGCAGUGAGCAUAUCAAGGAUAUGGUGCUGAACAGUCCCAAAAAUGCGGAUGGUACAACAGUAACUACGACCACAACCAAACAAACGGGCAAAUUCGGUACACCGACUGUGGUGAAAACGACCACCAAGCAAGUACUCACCAAGAACGAUGACGGCGUGACGCACAAUGUGGAGGAGGAGGUGCGCAAUUUGGGUACCGGCGAGGUCACCUACUCAACGCAGGAACACAAGGCUGAUGCCGAUGUGAGCGGUGCUUAUGUAACAGCCACCGCCGUAACCACGCGCACAGCCACAACCCACGAGGAUCUGGGUAAGAAGGCCAAAACCGAACAACUCGAAGAGAAGACCGUAGCGACUACGCGCACGCAUGAUCCCAACAAGCAGGAACAGCGCGUCGUCACGCAGGAAGUAAAGACCACAGCCACAGUGACCAGCGGCGAUCAGUUCCGAGACCGUGGAGACAGUAUUUCAUCGACUAGCUCUGGCGACUCGGGCACACCCAUCGAUGGCCCAUACGACGGGUCCAGUGUGGUGCGUACCGCCUACGAAAAGGGACAUGGUAGCUACGCCGCUGUACCCGGUCCACAUGUUGAACAAACCCGCGUCAUUUUAGGUGAGGACACACCUGGCUACUCCGGACACGGCGAAAUCGUUUCAACACAAACGCUCAGCAGCAAAACGCGAACUGUCGAAACUAUUACCUAUAAAACCGAACGUGAUGGCAUUGUGGAAACACGUGUUGAACAGAAGAUCACCAUACAAUCCGAUGGCGAUCCAAUUGAUCAUGACAAGGCAUUGGCUGAAGCAAUUCAGGAGGCGACAGCUAUGAAUCCAGACAUGACAGUGGAGAAGAUUGAAAUCCAACAACAAACGCAGUAAAACUAUACUUCAGCUUCGCACACAUCCAAUAAACAGAGUAUCAAAUACAAAUUAGUGACCGAUCUACACAUUAUAUAUGUAAAAAUAUAUGUACGUACAUAUUUAAACGAUGUAUUUUACAUACCGUAUGUGUAUAUACAUACAUAUAUGCUAUAAACUCAUCUUAAAAGCACCCGCACACAUACCAAGUGAAAGAAUAAUGCAGAGAAUGUAACAAAAAUCAAGCCACCCUUUAAAACUUAUAGUAUACACACCCGUACACAUAUAUACAUAAAAAAUAAGCGUUUAAAAAGAAGCAGCAGCGGAAA